CUGAGCAGGCUGCUGCCCUCUGCUCUCGUAGAUGAAGACGCUGGACAGUGAGAACGCCAGGCUGAGCCGGGAGCUGGCGGAGCUGCAGGGCCGCCUGGCGCUGGGCGAGCGGGCAGAGAAGGAGAGCCGGCGGGAGGCCCUGGGCCUCCGGCAGAGGCUACUGAAGGGCGAGGCCAGCCUGGAGGCGGUGCGGCAGGAGCUCCAGGGAGCGCAGCGGAAGCUGCAGGAGCAGGACGGAGAGUUCCGGGUGCGCGAGCGAGGCCUGCAGGGCUCCCUGGAGGAGGCCCGCGGCGCCGAAAAGCAGCAGCUGGAGCGCGCCCGCGGCCUGGAGCUGAAGCUGGAGUCGGCCCGGGCCGAGGCCGCCGAGCUGGGGCUGCGGCUGAGCGCGGCCGAGGGCCGGGCGCAAGGCCUGGAGGCCGAGCUGGCCCGCGUGGAGGCGCAGCGGCGCGCGGCCGAGGCCCAGCUGGGCGGCCUGCGCUCGGCUCUGCGCCGCGGCCUGGGCCUCGGCCGCGCGCCCAGCCCCGCCCCGCGGCCCGCGCCCGGCUCCCCGGCUCGGGAAGCGCCCGCGGGAGGAAGUGAGGAAGGGUUCAGCAGCCCCAGCCCCUUGGAACGCAGCCCUGGGUCCCAGCCACCGUCCCCAGGAGCUGCCACCUCCCCAGCUCCUCCAGACCUGGACCCGGAGGCAGUGCGGGGGGCCCUCCGGGAGUUCGUGCAGGAGCUGCGGAGCGCCCAGCGGGAACGCGACGAGCUUCGGACCCAGACGGGCGCCCUGAGCCGCCAGCUGGCCGAGAUGGAGGCCGAGAAGGACAGCGCGACCUCGCGGGCCAGGCAGCUGCAGAAGGCGGUGGCCGAGAGCGAGGAAGCCCGGCGCAGUGUGGAUGGGCGGCUGAGCGGGGCCCAGGCGCAGCUGGCACUGCGGGAGGAGAGUGUGCGGCGCAGCGAGCGGGAGCGCCGGGCCACGCAGGACCAGGUGGCCGCGCUGGAGAGGAGCCUGCAGGCCGCUGAGAACGAGCUGCGGGCGAGCCAGGAGAAGCUCAGCAAGAUGAGGGCCAACGAGGGGAGGCUGGAGAGCGACCGGCGGCGCCUGAAGGAGGUGCUGGACGCCUGCGAGGGCCGCGCCGUGAAGCUGGAGCUGCAGCGGCGCUCGCUCGAGGGGGAACUGCAGCGCAGCCGCCUGGGCCUGAGCGACCGCGAGGCGCGGGCCCAGCUCCUGCAGGACCGCGUGGACUCCCUGCAGAGACAGGUGGCAGAGGGCGAGGUGAAGGCGAAGACCCUGCAGUUAACAGUGGAGCGGCUGAGCGCGGCCCUGGCCAAGCUGGAGGAGAGCGAGGGGGCCCUGCGGGACAAGGCGCAGGGCCUGACGGAGGCCCUGGCCCAGAGCAACGCCAGCCUCACCAGCAGCCAGGACAGGAACCUGCACCUGCAGAAGGCCCUGACGGCCUGUGAGCACGACCGCGAGGUGCUGCAGGAGCGGCUGGACGCCACCCGGCAGGCAUUAUCUGAGGCGCGGAAGCAGAGCAGCUCCCUGGGCGAGCAGGUGCAGACGAUGCGGGGCGAGCUGGCGGACCUGGAGCUGCAGCGGGCAGAGGCCGAGGGCCAGCUGCAGCAGCUGCAGGAGGUGCUGCGGCAGCGGCAGGAGGGCGAGGCUGCGGCUCUGCACUCGGUACGGAAGCUGCAGGACGAGCGGCGGCUGCUGCAGGAGCGCCUGGGUGGCCUGCAGCGCGCCCUGGCUCAGCUGGAGGCCGAGAAGCGCGAGGCGGAGCGCUCCGCCCUGCGGCUCGAGAAGGACCGCGUGGCCCUCCGGAGGACCCUGGACAAGGUGGAGCGGGAGAAGCUUCGCAGCCACGAGGACUCGGUGCGGCUGAGCGCGGAGAAGGGCCGCCUGGACCGCACGCUCACGGGGGCGGAGCUGGAGCUGGCCGAGGCCCAGAGGCAGAUCCGGCAGCUGGAGGCCCAGGUGGUGGUCCUGGAGCAGAGCCCCAGCCCCGCGCAGCUGGAGGCCGAGGAGCAGCAAAGGCAGGAGCUGCAGCAGGAGGUGGAGCGCCUGCGCAGUGCCCAGGUGCAGACGGAGCGCACGCUGGAGGCGCGGGAGCGGGUCCACCGCCAGAGGGUGCGUGGGCUGGAGGAGCAGGCAGCCCCGGGUCCCGCCACGCCCGCCAUCUGUAAGUCAGGCGGGGGGCUCGCUGGCCUCACGUCUCUGUCCCCAGGUGUCCACCCUGCAGGGACAGCUGCAGCAGGAGCUGCGCAGGAGCUCAGCGCCCUUCUCCCCGCCCUCUGCCCCCGCCGAGAAGUGAGCCCCCCCCCCCCCGGCGCUGCAAGGCAGGGAGCAGCCCCUCUGCCCGUGACCGCCCGGAGCUGGCGUGGGGUGGGGGCAGCUGUGGCUUCCUGGCACCCCCAGGGACCCCCAGGUCUCCAGGGACGUCCACUCUAGAUUGUACAAGGCGGAGCGGAAGCUGGAACCUGGGCGAGCUCUUGUCUGGCCAGCCUGCAGCAGGGGCUCAUGGGAAGGAGCGGGAGUCAGACUCGGGCCCUGUCUCUGGCUGCCCAGAAAUCUCUCUGCCUCAGUUCAGAGCGUUUAUUAGGACAUUCCUCAGAGUUACUGUAUUUUUAUACCUUUUUCUAAUGUUAACAGUUGAGAACCGUGUUUUUUGUAAUAAGAACCCAUUUUCUAAAAA